CAAGUGUUAGGUGUUGGGAAAACUGGAUGGCGACAUGCAAAAGAAUGAAACUGGACCACUUUCCUAUACCAUACACAAAAAUAAAUUCAAAAUGGCUCAAAGACCUAAAUGUGAGACAGGAAACCAUCAAAAUCCUAGAGGAUUUUGCAACCUCUUUCACCUCUGUCAGAACACCUUCUUACUGGACACAUCGCUGAAGGCAAGGGAAACAAAAGCAUGGAUGAACUAUUGGGACUUUAUCCAGAUAAAAAGCUUCUACACAGUGAAGGAAACAAUCAACAAAACUAAAAGGCAGCCCAUGGAAUGGGAGAAGAUAUUUGCAAAUGACUUAUCUGAUAAAGGUUUAGUAUCCAAAAUCUAUAAAGAAUUUCUCAAACUUAACACCGAAAAAGAAAUAAUCCAGUUAAGAAAUGAGCAGAAGACAUAUAUAAACACUUUUCCAGAUGGCUAACAGACACAUGAAAAGAUGCUCUAUAUCACUCAUCAUCAGGGAAAUAUAAAUCAAAACCACGAUGAGAUACCACCUCACACCUGUCAGAAUGUCUAAAAUUAACAAUACAAGAAACAACAAGUGUUGGCGAGGAUGUGGAGAAAGGGGAACACUCUUACACUGUUGGUGGGAAUUCAAACUGGUGCAGCCACUCUGGAGAACAGUAUGGAGGUUCCUCAAGAAACUAAAAAUAGAACUACCCCAUGAUCCACCAAUUGUACUAUUAUGUAUUUACACAGAGGAUACAAAAAUAUGGAUUCAAAGGAGUACAUUCACCCCAAUGUUUAUAGCAGCAUUAUCAACAAUAGCCAAAGUAUGGAGAGACCCCAAAUGUCUAUCAACUAAUGAAUGGAUAAAGAAGUUGUGGUACACAUAUACAAUGGAAUAUUAUUCAGCUAUCAAAAGGAAUGAAAUCUUGCUAUUUGCAAAGACAUGGAUGGAGCUAGCAGGUAUUAUGCUAAGCAAAAUAAGUCAGGCAGAGAAAGAAAAAUAUCAUAUGAAUUCACUCAUAUGUGGAAUUUAAGAAACAAAACUGAUGAACAUAUGGGAAGGCAGAUGAAAGAGGAGAAAGGGAAAUAAACCACAAAAGACUCUUAACAAUAGAGAACACAUUGAGGGUUGAUGGAGGGAGGUUGCGGUGAUAGGCUAGAUGGGUGAUGGGUAUUAAGCAGGGCAUGAGUUGUGAUGAGCACUGGGUGUUAUAUAUAAGUGAUGAAUCACUGAAUUUUACUCCUGAAACCAAUAUUGCACUGUAUGUUGGCUAACUAAAAUUUAAGUUAAAAAAUAAAAUAAAGCAAAAACUUAGGGGCGCCUGGGUGGCUCAGCUGGUUAAUCGUCUGACUUCGGCUCAGGUCAUGAUCCUACAUUUCCUGAGUUGAGUCCCACUUCGAGUGAGCAUGAGCCCCACUUCGGGUGAGCCCUGCUUCUCUCUCUCUCUCUCUCUCUCUCUCUCUCUCUCACCCUGUCUCUCUGCUCCUUGCUUACUUGUGGCCUCUCUCUCAAAAAAAAACAUUAAAAGGUGUGAAAUUUAAUAUACACAACAACUUGGACAAAUACUUGCCUCAUUUGUAAAAAGGUAUGGAGGGGGUGGGUCUCAAGGGUCUUCCUGGUUCAGAAUUCAAGAUACAGGUGACCAGAUUGGGGCAGGAUGAGAGCAUAUUUGGAAUAGCUUAGGGUUUAUAUUUAUUUUAUAUUUUAUUUUAUGUUUUAGAACUUUUAGAGAUUCAAAAUCAUCAGGAGUGCCUCAAUGAAUGCCAGCUGUUAUGUUUCAUAGGGGCGCCUGGGUGGCUCAGUCAGUUAAGGGUGGGACUCUUGAUUUCCACCCAGGUCAUGAUCUCAGGGUUGGUGAUUUUUGAGCCCCACAUGGGGUUCCGUGCUGAUGGUGCAGAGCCUACUUGUGAUUCUCUCUCUCUCUCUCUCUCUCUCUCUCUCUGCCCCUUCAGCCCUCUCUCUUUCUCUCUCAAAAUAAAUAAACAUUGGGAAAAACAAGAAUUGUGGCUGUUGCCUUCCUACACUGAGAUGGGACAGUGUCAAUUACUGUGAGACCUAACAUGAGAGGAGUCUGUGUUCCCAGGAACUUAAGGAAAUGUAAAGGUUCACCAUUCAAGGGACCUGAAAAAACGAGAAGGCAGCAUUGCCAUCUGAACAGUAAGAGUGAUGGGAAGUCCAUCGUCAGAGCACAUUUGUCCGGUGGGAUAGUAUUUGUCACAUGAUUCAAGCCUGACCAGUGUCUGAACUGUGUUCAGGUUUGGAAAUGAAGUAGGGAGUGAGAGUCCGUUAACAAUUCUACAAGACUAAUUGCUGCACGUAGUAUUCAAAAGCAAGAUUUUAGGCAUGGGAUUUGGGGCCAUGCUAAAAGCAGAAAAAAACGGUUGCUACGGGGUCUAACGGGGGCGUAUUUAGGGGCUCUCAACAGCCAAUCCUAGUGCCAAACGUUCUCAAGGGGGCGUGGCCGUGGGGAGACAGUAGCCAAUGACAGGGCCGUGAAUAGGGUGGGGCAACCAGCCGGUGAAGAGAGCCAAGUGCAGCAAUUGGGCGAGGCUGAGGACGUAAGGACCCAUAGCGUGCUCCGUCUCUUGAGCUGUUAGUUUUAAGUGUAACUGGUACUUCAGCUACCACCAAACUUCGAGUCUCAGCUGCCGUUAAACAUCAUGGAAGAUUCUCAGAGAGACCAAGAGCGGAUGAUACGACGCCACCUUCGCGAGAAGGAAGAGCUUCAGGCCCGCAUCCAGGGCAUGAAGAACUCGGUCCCCAAGAGCGACAAGAAGAGAAGAAAGCAGUUGCUCCUAGACGUGGCCCGCCUCGAGGCUGAGAUGGAGCAGAAGCACCGGCAGGAAAUGGAGAGGUUCCAAGAGAGUUGCCCUGAUAACGGCAACCUCGAUUCCAUCACAGAAGAUCUUGCCAAGAUGGAUCUUGAGAACCGGCCUCCCAGCGUGUCGAGGGCACAGAAAAGGCGCGAAAGAAGGGCGGCCCUCCAGAGAGAGCGCCAGGGGAGCAUCGCCGAGGUGGAGAUGGAGCAUCUGGCCAGCUUCCGCCGUGAAGAGGAGGAGAAGCUCGCCGCCAUACUGGGACCCAGGAACCUGGAGAUGAAGGACAUCCCGGCCGACCGCCACUGCAUGUACCGCGCCAUCCAAGACCAGCUGGUGUUCUUCGUGACCGUGGAGAGCCUGCGGAACCGCACCGCCCUGUACAUGCGCAAGCACGUCGACGACUUUCUGCCCUUCUUCAGCGACCCCGAAACCGGCGACGCCUACAGCCGCGAUGACUUCUUGAGCUACUGCGACGACAUCGUGCGCAAGUCGUUGUGGGGAAGCCAGCUGGAGCUGAGGGCCCUCUCGCACGUCCUGCAGACCCCCAUCGAGGUGAUCCAGGCCGAAUCGCCCAUCAUCGUCAUUGGGAAGGAGUAUACCAAGAAGCCGCUCACCCUCGUCUACUUGCACUACACCUGCAACCUCGGGGAGCACUACAACUCGGUGAGGCCGCUGGAGGCCGGCGCCGUCGGGGGCGCGGCCCCGCGGCUCUUCUAGGCCCCCGCGCCAGCUGCCAUGGCCACUGGAGCCGGAGCCGAAGCCACCGCCGCACCUCCCCAGUAGGCUCCGUUUUUUUUUUUUUUGUUUUUGUUUUUGUUUUGUUUUGUUUUGUUUUGCCUUCGGUUUUCUCGGUUUUUUUCUUGGUUCGUUUCACUCGAAUGUCGAACCCCUCUCUCCCUCCCCUCCCCCACCCCCACGCCAGCGCUCUCCUACCUGGCAGUUCUUUCUUCUCUCACCCUUGUGUUGCUUUUGAGGGGUAGGGGGGCGGGGAGGCUCAGCACACGGGUAAUAUAAUAUCUGUAUUGUUCUACCCAAGGGGAGGGAGUAGGUUUGCUAAAGUUGAACCGCCUCUCGCCCUUAGGGGGCUUCGCCUCCCUUACCAGUGAGAAUUGUUCGCCUUGCACUUACCUUUGACAUAAAAAUAGAAAUUUGGUUUGAUGCCUUCUUAACUUGGGAAAAAGCAGUGGAGCUCAGGAUCUUCAGAUUGUCCCAUGAAUGUAUUAUAUUGGAUUACUUAGAUAAAGUUGGAGUUUCUGUGAUCGAAAUGCUUUGUGAAUGCCUUUUGCUUACUAGUUCUUUGGGAAAAAAUGUAUCCUGGUCUAUUUUGACGGUUACUUUUUAGAGCCCAGCUGGGCUCUUCUGGAGAUGUCUCAAGUUAUGGAUAAGAGCUCCUCUAGUAUUUUACUUUGUUUUUUUCCAUACAAACUUGUGUGGUUCCCAAUUAAUUUUAGUUAUUUAGGUAUUUGCUAAAUUCUACUUAAAGCGUUUGUUAAACUUAGAAAUUAAAUGUAAGUGCUAAACAUAGAAGUUAAAUAAUUAAAUUUACAAAAAUUGGCAGGUUAGAUAAGGUUUGCUCUAAGAUGCGAAAGAUAUCAAUUUAAUUUCCUUUAUUAAAGAUAGGAAGGGAUAUGACUUCAUUCAAGUAGUUGAUCCAUUUCAUUGUGUCUACACCAAGUAUGAAGCAAAAGGAGACAUACUGAUAAGUAGCUUAACUUACUACAAGGCUGAGAUCUGAACCAGUAAGUUUUCUUUAGUCUGUGACAUAAAAGGAUACAACUUUAUUUCAAAUAGUUGAUCCAGUUUGCUGUGUCUACAAGUGGUAUAAAGUUUGAAAGAUCUGAACUUAGCAUGUUUUCCUUAAUUCUUAGAGAUAGAAAACUUUUUUAGAAGAUUUUAAGAAGUAAAAAUAGUUGAUACAUUUUGUUACAUCUACAACUGGCAUGAGGCAAAAAAAGUGAGCAAGAUACUUUUGUUGGUAUCUUUUGUUGGUUGAGGCUCAUUGAUAUCUUGAAUUUGCCAAUAGAAUAGUAUAAGUGAAAUGAUUUGCAAUAAACAACUUACAAUGUUUUAAAUCUUUAGAUCCUGUAUUUCAGUGAGUUUACUUAAAUUCAUUGAAAAAAUUUAUUGUACACAGCAAAUGUUGUAAAACAAAAUAUAUAAAUUCAAAAGAAUUUUUUAAAUAUUAUGCAGCUUGUUUUAAAAAUAAAAGUUUUAAAAAUAUCUGG